UGUACCUACACAAAGAACAACUAAUUGAUUAAAGUAUUACUAUCCGCAAUGAAUAUAAAGAUUCUGUUAAGUUUAUUUUUUAGUCCGUUUUGUGUGGUAUCUCCUGGUAUAAAUGCUGAUCAAGUUGACCCUAGGUGGUUGAAAAACGAAGACUUUCAUAAAUUCCAUGAACAAUGCAACAGGGAAUAUGGAGUUGAAGGAAAGGAUCCUCAGUCAAUACCAAAAGAUGUAGCAGAUGGGAUAAAGUUAUGUUAUUCAAAGAAGGUUGGACUAGUAACCAAGGAUAACUAUAUCAAUAGAGAUGUAAUACAAGAAAUGAAAGACGUUGAAAAGGAUAACCUAGAACUAGCUGAAAAUAUCGAUAAGUGUGUUACUGAUGAAAAAUUAACUAAUGAAACUAUUACGCAAAAAAUUAAAUGCCUAGCUGAGGCAUAUUUGACUCAUGGACUAGCGUAUAAGGUCACUCAAAUACUCGCCAUUCGAUUACUGCCAUCGACCACGGAAUAAUUUACCUAACGGGGGCGACGCUACCGCCUAUGGACUAAUAACAAGUUUUGGAUGGUAGAGGUAAAUAACAAGUUUUGGAUUGUAGACGGGGGAUGGUGACGAUUUAAGUCCUUGGAAUUAAGAUCUUAAUUUUUCGCCAUAUAACAUUAGUAUGAUGAAAUCAGCAAAAGUUAUUAUAGUUUGUGUUAUUUUAACUCAAGUAUUUACUAGUUCGAUUGAAAGACAAACAGAUAAUCCUAGGAAUUGGGAUAAUGUAUACAAUAUCUGAAUAUAUGAAAAACAUAAUUCAUAAUUGAUAUCAUCAAGUAAUAGACCUAAUGCAGUUCCAAAAGUAAAUAAUGGUCCUAAUCGAUUUAAUCAAUUACCACACAUAAAUAAUGCUGAUAACCAAUUCUCACAUACAGAUCAUGGCCCUAAUGUAUUCUCACAUAUAAACAAUGAUUUUAGUCAAGUUAAUCCAAUUUACACUACAACUCCACGACCACCGUCACAAGAGCCAAUUCCGCCUGCUGCUAUAUGUUCCUUAUGCGGCGGAGGACUUGGAUAAAUUAUUUAAGACAUGAACUUACAUACUAUUCUUAUGUUUAUAAUUGACAACUUCCUACAAAUAUUUCCUCCGUACCAAAUAAAUAACCUAUUGGCUACUAAUGACAAAAGAGUAUAUGAUUGUCUAAUCAAAUUUAUACAUAGUACAAAUGUAUGUCUGUAAUCAAUUUUAGCCAAUCUCGUUAACCUUUUUUUUUACCCAAUUGUUUAUUUUCCCUCCUUUUCCCUAUUUAUAGUAAUGUCUUUUAGUAAUUUUUAAGAGGUUUUUUUUUUCUUUUGACUAUUUUGAUCUGUUUGCAAUAGUAGGUAUAGAUAGACACUUUUUUAUUUAGUAUUAAGUAAAUUAGAAUAAUAUGAUUUUCUUUUUAAUAAUUUGUAUUAGGUUUAAUAGUUUUUUUGUAUUAGUAUUAAUUAUUAUCAAGUUGUAUCUGGCUAAAUAGCUAAGUGCUAAAGUCACAAAUAAAAAAAAAAAAAAAAACUUCCUACAAUUUUAAAUUCGAAAAAAAUGCUAAAAAUCACAUAACACAACAGAACAUAAUUUAAAAUA